CCCCGUGUAGAGCCGCCUUGCAGAGUUCAGUCGGGCUGCGAGAGGAAUGCGCUGGGAUGCGGAGCAACACCGACUGUAGGAAAUCGACGCAGCAACUUGCACAGUAUGGACAGUAAUGAUCCGUAUUUACACCUCAUUUGUCACUGAGCCAACAAUUGAGACUGAAUCCUGGUCUUGAGCAGCAACUGGCAUCCUGCCAGGGCCAAACUUGCAUUUGAAGGCAUGUGGCACCCUGUAUCAUCACCUGCAACUGGAGGAAGCUCUGCGAGGGAGAUAAGUUACAGUCACUACUCAACAGGGCCAAUGAGCGCGGCCCACACCCACCCGCCUCCCAUGGGCGGCAUGGUGGGACACCCGUCGGUCAUCAGCACUUCCAGGCACCUGCCGUCCCCCAUGUCCACCAUGGGCUCACAGAUGAACGGCCUGGCCUCACCUUACCCUGUUAUUACAUCAUCUUUGGGUUCACCCUCUGUAUCACUGCCAUCCACGCCCAACAUGAACUUUGGACCACUCGGCAGUCCACAGAUGAACUCUAUGAACAGUGUUAGCAGCUCGGAGGACAUCAAGCCUCCACCAGGUCUACAGAACAUGGGAAACAUCAACUACCAGAGUACAAGCCCCGGGGGAAUGUCAAAGCACAUCUGCGCCAUUUGUGGGGACCGCUCCUCAGGAAAGCACUAUGGUGUGUACAGCUGUGAGGGAUGCAAGGGCUUUUUCAAAAGGACUGUCCGGAAAGAUCUCACUUACACGUGUCGAGACAGCAAGGAAUGCCUCAUCGACAAACGCCAGCGGAAUCGCUGUCAGUACUGCCGCUACCAGAAGUGCCUGGCCAUGGGCAUGAAGAGAGAAGCGGUGCAGGAAGAGAGGCAGCGUGGCAGGGAGCGAGGGGAGAAUGAGGUGGAAUCUACCAGCAGUUUCAACGAGGACAUGCCUGUGGACAAGAUCCUGGAUGCUGAACUCGCCGUGGAGCCCAAAACAGAGACAUACAGCGAAGGCAGCCCGGGAAACUCGACCAACGACCCGGUCACCAAUAUCUGCCAAGCAGCAGACAAGCAGCUCUUCACUUUGGUGGAGUGGGCGAAAAGGAUCCCGCACUUCUCCGAACUCCCCCUCGACGAUCAGGUUAUUCUACUACGAGCAGGCUGGAACGAGCUGCUCAUUGCCUCAUUCUCGCAUCGCUCAGUCACUGUUAAAGAUGGCAUCCUAUUGGCAACAGGCCUACAUGUCCACAGAAGCAGCGCCCACAGUGCUGGAGUAGGCUCCAUCUUUGAUAGGGUCCUAACAGAGUUGGUAUCCAAAAUGAAAGACAUGCAGAUGGACAAGACAGAGCUCGGUUGCCUUCGAGCCAUCGUCCUCUUCAACCCAGACGCAAAAGGUCUUUCAAACCCACCAGAGGUCGAGGGACUGAGGGAAAAAGUCUAUGCUUCACUUGAGUCGUAUACAAAACAGAAAUACCCAGACCAGCCUGGCAGGUUUGCUAAACUGCUGCUCCGCCUGCCGGCCCUGCGCUCCAUCGGCCUCAAGUGCCUGGAGCAUCUGUUCUUCUUCAAGCUGAUCGGGGACACGCCCAUCGACACCUUCCUUAUGGAGAUGCUGGAGGCCCCUCAUCAGAUCACAUGACACCAGUUCCCCCUGUCCCUCUGUAUAUACUCCCACAUUGUGAGCAAAAUGAAGAUAGAAUGGGGAAAAAAAAGACUUGAUUUAAUCUGUAAAACUGCAUAUUUUGUACCAAGCAAAACAUUGUAAUUAAGGAUUUAAAAAUGUAUUUUGAUGCUGUGGGGAGGGUGAGAUGGACUGAGUCCGCCGUUCAGAAAAUGAAUUAUAAUACACAGAUUUAUUUUAUAAAUGCAUAAUUUCAGGUGUUCAUUGAAAAGAUGCCCAAUGCAGUUUUGAGGAAUAAUAUUUUGUUCAAUGAGGAAUUGAAUAAAACGGGAAACCAUUCCUGCAUUUCUUAAUACACAUUUGAGAAUUCAAAAAAUAAUAAAGUUAUUUAAAAAUGUAUCGAAAA